GGCUGUCUGUCAUGCUGAAGAGUGCAGAGCUAAAUGGUGGUCUGGACAAGGCCUUGCCUCUCUGAAUGGUGAAGACUGGAUUUGAAGUCAUUGCCCUCCCUCUCCGCCCGCUCUCUCCAGAGUUGUGCUCCACAGAGCAGCCAGGAGUAGAGAGGUGCCUCACCCAGAGAUCAGGCCAUGUUUCGGCUGUCCCAAACCUGUUUCCUUCUCCUGCUGCUGCACGUCGUGGCCUCCGAGGUCUUCCUGAACAGUGACGAUGCUAACCAGGUUCUGAACCGGCGGCGGCGGGCCAACAGCCCAUUUGAGGAGUGGCGGCAGGGAGACAUGGAGAGAGAGUGUAUCGAGGAACGCUGUGACAGAGAGGAGGCUAGGGAGAUCUUUGAGGACGACAAACUGACUACUGAAUUCUGGAACACAUAUUACGAUGGAGAUGCCUGUGUUUCUAAGCCAUGUGUCCACAAUGGCGUCUGCAAGGACGGGAUUGGGAUGUACACCUGCUUCUGUCUCGCUGGAUUCCAGGGGUACAACUGUGAGAUUGCCAUUCCUGAGCUGUGUGAGAAUAAGAAUGGAGACUGUGAUCACUUCUGCCACGUGAAGAAGGACAGUGUGCAAUGCUCCUGUGCUGAUGGCUACUAUCUGGACACAGACGACAAGUCCUGCCUUUCCAACGAGGCCUUUAAGUGUGGCUUUGUGGUAUCCAAGAACACCCGCAGCAUCUUCAUCUACCAGCCUAACACCACUGCCACCAACACCACUGAAAAGACCAACAUGAUGGAGGACCCUAUCAGGGAAACGGCCUGGAACGUAACCCAACAGAGAGAAAUCCAAUUUGCAUUUGAGGAUGACGUUAUCGAAAUGGUGAAGGAGAAGCCAGUCUUUGCCGAGGCGAGAGGCAACACCCGUAUUGUCAAUGGGGAGGAGUGUCCUCCUGGAGAAUGUCCCUGGCAGGCUUUCCUGGUAAACCACGAGGACAGGGGCUUCUGUGGAGGAACCAUCCUGAAUAAGUACUUCAUCUUAACGGCAGCACAUUGCAUGAACCAGACACGCUCCUUUUACGUUGUCCUCGGAGAGUUUGACACGGAGGUGAAGGAUGGGCGGGAGGCCAUCCACCAGGUGGAACAGGUGUUCAUCCACAGGUCCUACAUCUCCACCACCUAUCACAACGACAUCUCCCUCGUCAUGCUGAAGGACCCUAUCAAGUUCACCCAGUUCAUCCUCCCUGCCUGCCUGCCUGAACGAGACUUUGCAGAGAAGGUGUUGAUGAAACAGCACGACGGGCUGGUGAGUGGGUUCGGCCGUGUGGGGGAGGCCAAGCAGCCGUCCACCAUCCUGCUGCGUCUGACCGUGCCCUACGUACCCCGGGCCACCUGCCUUCAGUCCAGCCAGCACAAGAUCUCCAACCGCAUGUUCUGCGCCGGCUACGAUAAGGAGAAGAAGGACGCGUGCCAGGGAGACAGCGGAGGACCCCACGUCACCCGUUACGGGGACACUUGGUUCGUGACGGGUGUGGUGAGCUGGGGCGAGGGGUGCGCCCGUGAGGGCAAGUACGGCAUCUACACGCAGGUGUCCAAGUACAUCGACUGGAUCCGGGCGGUCAUGGGGAAGUUUCUCCCCAAGGAGGGAGGGAAGAGGAAGACGAGGGGGGCAGGUAGAAUGCACUCAAUGAUGUGGGUUUGAGGGAGACAAAGGAGAGAGGAGAACCAAUCAUUAAAGAGGCUUGGGGAAUUAUGGGCAAUAAACAUUGUUGUGUGGUUUAUCAUUGUUUUUCACAAAAUGUAUCCAAGACCAAGUAACUUAAGGUAAAGAAAAAAACAUGUUUUGUUUGAAUGUCCAGUUAUCACAUACCAACAUUAAACUACAUUACACAAUAUGAA